AUGAAAAGCAUUCACUCUUUGGCUGGAUUCCUGCUCCUCAUCAUGAUUCAAAGCAGCUGGCAGGUGCCUGACCAGGACUCAGACCGAAGCCAAAUACUAUUGGCUGAGAACUCCAUGCUGGCCGAACCCAUUGAGCUCCCAAACAUCAAGAGGCAUUCGGAGGGAACAUUUUCCAACGACUACAGUAAAUAUCUGGAGACAAGAAGAGCACAAGACUUUGUCCAGUGGCUAAAGAACUCAAAAAGGAACGGGAGCGUAUUUAGACGCCAUGCAGAUGGCACCUACACCAGUGACGUGAGCUCCUACCUGCAGGACCAGGCGGCCAAGGAGUUUGUGUCCUGGCUGAAGACCGGCCGAGGCAGAAGAGAGUAAACUCAACAAAUCUCCCUAAAUAAUGCAGCAACUCACACCGAACCUGUGCUACUAUAUGUUUCACAAUCUGUACUAGACUUUUUUUCUUGGUCCUGCUAUUAAAUUCCCUUCAUACAAAGCUCUGUUGGCCUUCAGUGGUUGGAGGAAAUGUU